AUGUCAAUGCCCGGGACUGCUUUGGAGUUCCCGAGCCCCCAGCGGCGCCACACGCUCCCCGCCAGCGAAUUUCGCUGCCUCACACCCCAGGAUGCUGCCUGCGUGUUCGAGAUCGAGCAGGAAGCUUUUGUCUCCGUCUCGGGCCUGUGCCCCUUGGACCCAGACACCAUUCGCCACUUCCUCACCCUGUGUCCGGAGCUGUCCCUCGGCUGGUUCCAGGAGGGCUGCCUCGUGGCCUUUAUCAUCGGCUCGCUGUGGGACGAGGAGAGGCUCACGCAGGAGUCGCUGACCGCGCACCGGCCGGGGGGCCGCACCGCCCACCUGCACGUUCUGGCUGUGCGCCGCACCUUCCGCCAGCAGGGCAAGGGCCCCGCGCUGCUCUGGCGCUACCUGCAGCACCUGGGCGGCCUGGCCGUGCGCCGCGCCGCGCUCAUGUGCCAGGCGCCCCUCGUGCCCUUCUACGAGCGCUGCGGCUUCCGCCGCCUGGGCCCCUGCGCCGCGGCUGCCGGCGCGCUGGCCUUCACCGAGCUCGGGUGCUCGCUGCGCGGCCACGCGUCCGUGCGCAGGAACAGCGGCUGCUGA